AUGUCUCGCAACAACCCAAGCCGCUAUCCCUCAAACCAACAAGCAGCACGAUCUACACGUGGACAAACAAACACAAACAGACAAGGAGACAGACAAAUCCCCAGUCCAGAGCGCAUGUCCGUACCCGUUAUUUCUCGGCAUACGCAUCCAAGCGAUCCAUCCACAUCAUUUGUGUCUCCUCCAAUGACUGGAUCUACAUCAUCGAGUAUGAUGUCCAGUUUUGAACUAGCCGGUAGUGAGUAUUUGGAACCUACAUUAGCCGAGAGUACCUACGCGCGAGGCGGUGCAUCUAGUGCUGACAUUCGCGGUUCUAAUGAUCGCACUGGGAAUACCACUCCAAAGCCAUGGGGAGGAUUUGCGCAAUACAUGGGUAUGCAGGGCGAACGGAAUGUCGCGAAGGAGACUGGAACUAAUGCUCGUCGUGCUCCUGUGGCUGCGGGAAAUGAACAUCGUGGAAUAGUUUCUAGAGACUCUAGGGCUACGGAGAACGAUAGAUAUAAGAAUGAGCAGGGUGAUGCGUCGUUCAUAGAAUCGGUUGAGUUUGAGCCUACUAUUCGCCCUUCAAAAUAUAAAUCUUCGUUUGCUGAUCGUAAGAACUAUAAGUCUUUCGCUAGAAGCGGGAAUUCAAACGAUAGGGGAGGAAAUUAG